AGUUUUCAGUUUAGUCUCGAUUCUUCUCAACGUACUUACGUUUUUCGCGUCGUGUCAAAUCGCGUGUCGCGUUCGUUCGGUUUCGAAACUUUGUAUCUCGGUUUGUGUUGUUUGUGAAUUCAAUGUGAUCAUUGUUGGUUUCUACUUUGUUCUGUGUUGUGAAAAUCCAUUGGAAAUGGUGGUUGUGUUUGCAAAGUGUUUGCGGUAGAAGUUUCAAACUGCAACCGCUGUGUCAAGGCUGUUUGUCUGUCACCUGUAGCUUCUAUUGUUGGUCAAUGCAUCUCUGCUCCGAAAUUACUGCUACGGGUACUGAUUACUCUGCCAAGAUUUGAAAGGCGAUUCAAAAAUGGAUUUACCUGUAAUUGACGAACGAGAAGAUGUACAGAAAAAAACAUUUGCAAAGUGGAUCAACUCGCAGCUCAUCAAGAACAAUAUCCCACCAAUCAAUGACUUUAUUGACGACUUACAAGAUGGCACCAGACUUCUCUCCCUACUUGAAGUACUUACCGGAAAACAAUAUAAACGAGAGAGAGGGACGAUGCGUGUACAUCAGUUGAAUAAUGUCAAUAAAGCAUUGCAAAUUCUAGAACAAAAUAAUGUGAAGCUCGUGAACAUCAGCAGUAACGAUAUAGUUGAUGGAAACCCGAAAUUAAUGUUGGGACUUGUAUGGAGCAUCAUCCUUCACUGGCAGGUUCAAUAUCAUUUGAAAGAUUUAAUGGCCGAACUACAAUUGACAAACUUAGAAAAGACACUCCUAGCCUGGUGUCGACAGAAUACCCUUAACUAUUCGGGCGUUGAUGUGAGGAACUUCACGACGUGUUGGUCUGAUGGUCUCGCGUUCAAUGCGCUCCUCCACCAUUUCCGACCAGACUUGUUCGAUUACGCGAAUGUGGCGCGGCGCCACCCCAACGCCAGACUCGACCAUGCUUUCAGACUCGCUCAGGAACAGUUCGGCAUAGAACGACUUCUGGAUGCUGAAGAUGUGAACACAUCCAUCCCAGAUAAGAAGUCAAUCAUGAUGUAUGUGAUGUGUCUCUUCCAGUCGUUACCUCAUUCCUCCAUUGAAGUAUCAAAUCUUGACUUCUCACUCGGAUCAGAUCCUGACUCCUUACUUUCUGCAGAGGGUGAGGACUAUGACAGCCGGCCCUCUCGGCCGGUGAGCAUAGCGACGAAUGUGUCAGUGGAGCUGGGUGGCUACCAGGUGGCCAUGGAAGAGGUGCUCACCUGGCUGCUCGAAGCCGAAGACAAACUCAGUCCUCAGUUCAGUUUGCCCGAGUACUCCAGUCUCGAAACAGUCAAGGAAGAGUUUCAUUCGCACGAGAGAUUCCUACUGGAACUAUCAGGUCACCAGGAAGGGGUGGGGGCUGUCCUGGAGGAGGGCGCGAGGAUGCUGUCAGAGGGAGGACUCUCCAAGGAGGAGGAGGAUGAAGUUAGAGUUCAGAUGAAGCUGCUCAAUUCCCGCUGGGAGGCGCUGAGAAUAAAAGCUAUGGAAAAACAAGCCUGUAUCCACAAUACACUGAUGAGCCUACAGCAGAGUCAGCUGGAAACACUGAGAGAAUGGUUGACGUCAACCGAGGACCGAAUCUCGCGCAUGGCCAAGGUGGGACCCGAUCUGAACAGCCUUCGCAGUCAGCUGGACACGCAUGCCGAACUGCAGCACGAUUUGCAGAAUCAGCAGAAAGUCGUCGAUGCUCUGUCCAACCUGGUUGUCGUGGUCGACGAAACAACCGCUGAUAAUGCCUAUUCACAGAUGGAGGACCAACUGACGGCGCUUGGCGAGCGAUGGGCGCACAUCUGCCAGUGGACAGAGGAACGAUGGAGCCUGCUGAAGGGGUUGAUCAGCCAGGGAUCGGCCAUUGCGGACCAGGUGCUCUGGCUGCAGGCCUGGCUCGACUCCAAGGAAACCAUACUCAAGAACAUGGAGUCGGAGCCCGCCAACGAGAUGGGCACCAUCUUGGAGCGGAUCAAACAACUGCAGAUUCUAAGGCAGCAAAUGGAUGCCCAGCAUAAAAGGCUGGAUCACCUGCAAGAUGCAAUUCAUGAGCUCGGACAGAAAAUGAAUCCUCCUGGUGGUGGAGAGGAAUUGGAGAAGCUUGAAGUCCUGCAAGACCGCUGGGAUGCACUCCUGUCUAUCAUGGAUGUUCAAGCUCAAAGGAUUUCAAACUCUGGAUUUGAAAUAAGUCUGACUCCAUGUGUUGGGGACAGUUCCGAAAGUGUUCAGACUCUACAAGCCUGGGAAUCCAAAACUUCUAGUCAAGAUGGCCAAGGCAGCUGGAAGCGACGGCGAGUAGAGAAGCAGGUGGAGUUGCAGUCAGGGCUGACAGACAUGGAGUCAUGGCUGGGGCAGACAGAGCGCCUGCUGCUUGACCGGGGGGAGCCCCAGGAUGCGCUAGUGUUGCUCGAAGAGGCACGCAAUGAGUGGAUCCAGCGCAAGCCACACAUCAGCGCCCUGCUCAGUCUCGGCAGGAGUCGGGUACAGGAAAUCAUCACAGACGGUGGAUCACCAAUGACCGAAGAACAGAAACUGGUGUCAUUGGAGAAGAAGUUCACGGCGAUCGGACUGCAGCUGGAUAUGGCACUGGAGAAGGCGCAGAGAGAGGUCGAGCUCAAAGCUCUCAGCAAAGAGCUCACAAGUUUGGAUCUGCUCUUCUCAGGAUUCAACAAAUGGUUCUCGAGCACAACGAAUCACUCGCUCGAACAGUGCAGGGUGAAAGUGAAAUCGAUGAAAUCUCACGAGGAGAGGGUGACCAAACUGGGACAGCGCUCAAAGCAGUUGGUGGCUCGACCUCACGCUGGACAAGAAGAAGCCGACGCUGAUGCUAAUAUACAGAAAUUUGUAAACAAAUGGACCACUCUCAUGGAAAAGGUUCUCACUCUUCAAACGGAGCUUGGAAGUGAGAAGAGCUUAUCAUCCAAGUAUUUAGAAAAGAAGAACCAACUGAUGAAGUGGGUUCAUGGCGUCGAGGGUGAACUCUUAUCUGAGCAUGUCAUACUCGCUCCUUUACCGCAGAUGAAAAAGCAACUGGACAAAUUCAAGGAAUUGGAGCAAUCGAUAGAAAAGAUGCUGCCAGACUUCAACUUUGUGAACACCUCUGGCCAGCAAUUGCUCGAAGCCAAUCCAAGCGAGCAUUUGAGAGAAGAACUUCAAGAUUUGAACACCAGAUGGAGCGAUAUUCCAGUGAUUCUAGAAGAGCGCCAUGCAAAACUGCAGGCUGAUAUUAAGCGCCUGGAAAAAAUAAUGGCAGAAGUAAGAUCGGUUGAGCAAUGGCUGAAGAAAGCGGAGCCUCAUUUUCAAAAGAUGUCCAUACCAUCAGGAGAUAAAACUGUUAUUGAAACUGAAUUGAAUGACGUGAAUAAUUUGUUGGGAGAAGGAGAAAGUGUGAAGGAAAAUGUUUUGGAAGUAGCCCGGGUGACGAAAGAUUUGCUGGACACAAGUCUACAGGUCGAUUCCAAUUUCGGAAAGCACCUUCGUGAUCAGGAAGUUGUCCUCCAGAAGAAUUUGAAAAAUGUGCUGGAAUGCGGACUCCCUGAGCGAAAAUCGAAGCUGGAGAAGUGUCUGGAGAAACACAAGAAGAUCGCUGACAAUAUAACAGAGUUAACAAACUGGCUCGUAAGUCUGGAAGAAAACAUAUCCUCAUGUGAAGUAAAUGUUGCCACAUCUAAUGAAUUUUCCAAAUUGAAAGGAAAGGUUCAGAGCCUGAAGGAAAGCGUGGAGAAUAAAACUGGAGCUUACCAGGAUGUCGUUAAUUCAUAUGAAGGCCUGAUCAAAGAUGCGGAAAGUGUGUCCCAAGAACUUAGUGGGAAAAUGAAAGAAUUUUCUGCAAAAUGGGAUUCUGUAACUAAAAAGGUGUUAGACAAAUACAAAAUACUCCAGGAUGCAUCUCAUGAGUAUGGCGAAUUCAAAGCUCUUGUUGCCCAAGAAUUGGACUGGCUUGAUAGAUUGGAAAAACGUUUGAGGAAGUCACCGAAAUCAGCUGCCGAUGCUGAAGAAAUUUCAGAGGAGCUGGACGAUCUUGAAAACUACAUACGAAAUCACCCUGAAACAAGGAUCGCCAAAAUACAGGAGAUUGGAAAGGCAUUGAUUGAUGACAAUAUCAUGCCUCAAUCAGUUGAAACCGAAGUUACAUCAAUCACAUCGAGAUGGACGGUCCUUAGUCAACAGGCGAGAACGCGCACUGAAUUGCUUGAGGUUUCGAUGGCGGAGGCUCAGCAGUCGGAGGGUCACAUUGUCGAGUUCCAGGAGUGGCUGAACGAUGUUGACGCCCAACUCACGGCUCGUAUCAGCAACGACCUCACAGCUGACGACUUGCCUGACGAUGUUCAGAGACUUGUUGAAGAGUUUGAAACUCAAAACCUGACCUUACAAGAAAUGGAACAGAAAGUGCAAAGCUAUGAAGAAGCUGGAAAGCACGAGGCUGCUUCAAGACUCCAUGAGCAGAUGAUUCUCAUUCAGAGAUUCUACCAGACGCUGAGUGAUAUCAAGUCAGAAGUGGAGAAUGUCAUCAAAACAGGAAGAAAGUUGGUUGAAGAAGGAAGUGUUUCUGAUCCAGCCAUGUAUACGGCUCGACUUGACUCCCUCAAACAGCUCUAUAACAAGUUGGGCUCGCAAAUCACCGAGUCGAAAGGGAACCUGGAGAAGGCGUUGGAUUUGUCGCGAACUCUGCAAGAAGACAUCCCGGCGCUGACCACGUGGGCCGAGUCUGUUGAGAACGAACUGGACCAGGUCGAUGCCACUCCCACCGCCGACCGCGACAUACAGGCUGAGAUUCAAUUUGUCAAUGAUACGUUGGAAGAAUGCAAGAAGUGGGAGGAGACCAAAGACAGAAUCAAAUCAAACUUCAAAACUUUUGUCAGUUUGUGUGAUCCAGUUUAUCUGGAAGUUCUCAAGGAAAAAGUUAGCAGUUGCUUGAGACGCUGGGAGAGAACGCAUGACAGGUUACAGACAACACAAGCUCAACUUCAGGGUCUGAACAAGGCAUCCUCUGUUAGAUCACCAACUAAAGCAAAUCGUCCCAUCAAAACAGUUCGCAUACAGGAGCCAAAUGACAAAGGAGUGUAUCCUUUCACUUUUGUUGCAACCAAAGAAAUACCAAUCAUUUCUGUCGAAUCUGAACAAAACACUGAAAGUGAACCAGGAACUGUUGAAGAUGGAUUCCAAUCCUCAGAAAAUUAUCAAGGAUACUUAAAUCCGGCGUUCGAUGAUAAAGAUGAUAAUAAAGAAGGGAAUGCUAGUGGGGUGGAUUUAGAUAAGAAGGUGUUUGUCACGAAAGUAGAGGUUGACAUGGUAAAGAGAAGUGGGGAGAAAAGUGGGAUAAACAGAAAGGAGAACGAGGCGAACAGGAAGAGUGUCUAUGAGAAUGUGGAUGAAAAGGAAAUUAGAGGAACUGUGAUUGUAGAAGAACCAGAAGAAAAUGAGGAGGAGGAGUAUGAGAAUGAUACGUUUCACUUGGCGAAGGACAGCUCGUUGUUUUCUAGAGUUUCCAGAAAUACAAUUUCAGAAAUGUCGUCUCCCACAGAAAAUAUAUCUCCCAUUGAAGAACAUCUCCAAGAACAUCAGUGCAAAGUGGUCGAAGUUAGAGCGGGAGAAAUCGUGAAAUCGAACUAUACUUCAGUUGAACCCCGGGAACAUGUGAUAGUCCACCAUGAUUCACGCGGUCCGCAGACUGUCGAAAUUGUUGAAAUCAUCGAAGACACUGAAACAGAGCCUGAGGAGUCUGCCACCGAUACCGACCCAGAAGACAAAAGGUCGCCAGCAACUGUUCGUAGGACGGAUGUUAGUUUGAAACACAGGAGAACAACUCAUCUAGGUCCCAGUGAGAUAUUAGCUAAGAGACAACGGAUGACUUCCAGUGAGGCGUUGCGGGCAAACAAGGAGAACAUACCGGUUCACGAGGUGGAACGUGUCAUUGAGGUUAGAAUGGAAGAAGAUGUAGUGGUUCACCCUGAAGUGAAUGAAACCAGGAACCUACUAGAUGCUGCGUCGGUUUCGUUGAAUAGGAAACCCACACGACCAAAAGCGUUGAAUUUGGGAAAUGCUUCUUCAAGUGCUGCAUCCCCCACAGCCCCACCAUCCACCCCAGCUGUUUUGGGGGCUGAAGAUGCCACCAUCCACCCUCUCUGUCUCCAAAUGACAGAUAUGGUCAACCGCACAGAGCAGACAACCAUCACCGCCUGGAGAGACAAGUCCGAGGACGCCAAUCUCCAAGACGAGACAACCACUGACGAUGAUAGUAGCAAUGCAGGAACUGUGAAAAGCGUCAAAGAAGUAACACUCAUUAAAGAAGUAGAAGUGUCGAAGACUUAUCAGAUAAUCGGCAACAUUAAGCGUCCCACUGAGUCGACUAGCAGUUACCUGAGUGUGCCCACUACCAGCGAGGAUAAUGAUAGUUUCUAUGGCAGUGAUAAGGAGACGGAUGAUGCGAUUGUUUUCUCUGAGGAAGAAGGUCGGAAUCAGCCCACUGCGGCUGAAAGCUCUAGCUCGGAUGAUGAGGUGCAUGGUUUCGAGAUUCAGUGUCUCAAGGAUGAUGGCAGUGAAACGCCUGUCUCUGUCAGAAGAAAACAUCUUGUCAAGCAACCAUCUGAAGAUCUAUUCUCUGAAACAAAGUCAGACGUGCUUGAUAUUCAGAUUCCUCUUGAAAGAGAAAUUGCUGAGUACCACGAAGCUGCUGAAGAGAUGCUACAGCGCAUGGACCAAAUGCUGCUCGCUAUAAGAUCGGUGGAUAGGAAGAAGGAUCCAGCUAGAAGAUUAGAGCUGCUGGAACGUGAACUAAGCUGCCUGGCCCCCGACGCAGCGACGUUGAUCAGUCGCGGCGAUGGACUCAUCUUGUCGGUUCAUGCCAAAGAUCCAACUCAGGCUGACAGUCUGCGCAAAAACCCUCAGGACACGCUGCGUGCCAAGUGGAGUCAGGUCAUGUCUCAAACUGAGAUGCGGAAAGUACAGGCACAAAGAGCUGAGAAAUUAUUGAAGGACUAUUUGCAAUCUUUGGAGAAUCUGAAGAUGUGGGUUCGAUCAAGUGAACAAGAGAAGCAAUCUGACACCAAUAAAACACAACUGAAGGUUAUUGAGGAGAAAUAUGCAGAAUACAAGAAACUGAAGGCUAUGUCCGCUGAACUGAAAGCUCUCCAAGUAACUUAUCUGCCUAUCACAGAAGACAUCAACACUUGGUUCAGCGAACGAAUACCGCAAAAGGAAGUUGAUGAAUCAACGGAGAAAGCUGAAGCUGAACCAGAAAAAGAUUUGUCAAUUUUGGCGGGAGAAUUUGUGACGCGUGUGAAUAAAGUGAGAGAGGCGACGUCUGUGGCGACAAGGAAGCUGUACUCGGGUCCGCUGUCUUUCAAAGAGUACGAGAACAUUCCUCUCCAAGAAACUGCAUUGCGGAACGUGAAAGAUAGUAUAACCACCCUGAAGCCAGCAAUCGAUGAGGUAGAGAAAGAGAAGGACACAGUGAUCAAUGUGGCGAGACCCGAGCAGCAGGAUCAGGUGCGGAGAGUCGUUGACAAGCUGAGUGAAGAGUGGUCCAACCUCGACAGAGGCUUCAACGACAAACAAAAGAAAUGGCAGCAGUGCUGUGAUAAAUGGAACAUAUUCCGUCUGGAUUAUAAAUCUCUUGAAGAAUCUUUGAAGGAUAUUGAAGAUUGCAUUAAAAAGGCGAAGAAUUCCUCCACUGAAGAUUCCGAUUGGAAAAAGAUUAUCGAGAAAUUCAACAGCAGCAAAAGACCAUACAGCAGCAUUGUCUCAACUGCGAAAGAAGUACUGCCCAACUGUGGAAGGAAAGAGACAGUAGAAGUAGCUGAGAUUAUUGAAGCGAUCAACACAAGAUGGAAUCGCAUCCAUACUGAAGUAUCGACCAGAAAGACCAAAAAUAUCAUGGGAACUGUCUCACCAGACACUUCGCCAAGUAAAUUGGUGAUCGAUGAAGUGGAGAAAAAAUUGAAAGAAGCUGAAGAGUUUUUGAGAAUGGCCGCUAAUCCAUCUGAUGACACUAAGUUGUCUGUCUGUCUCAGUUCAAUCAAGAUGAAGAAAGAAGAACUCAACACCAAGGGAAAAGAGCUCGAAAAAAUAGUCAAACAAGAACCACAGCCUAUUUCUGAUAAAGCUAGAGAUCUCAUUUCAGCUAUUGAAAAGGUUCAAAGAGGGCUUUCUGAUCACAAAGAAUACAUCUCUGGGAAACUGGUGUCUCUGAAGAAGUUCAUGUCACACCUGGAUGCGGUGACGUCAUGGGUGCUCGAAACAAAGACCCGCAUCAACAUCAGCAAAGAACUGCCACCCACUGACAAGAACAGGGUCAUCGAUAAUAUCAUGACGUGUGUGUAUGACCGAGAAAUGGACGUGAAAGAUGUGAGGGAGAAUUUCACAAACUUAGAGAAGGAAUGCCAGAGUGCCAAACAACCUGUCUCUCAGGAGUUGAAAGAAAAGAUCACGAAACUGUUGGACGACUGGCAGUACCUGAAGAACAGAGGAGAAUCCGAGGCUGCCGGUGCCUCCUCAUCCACCUCCUCGUCUUCGUCUGCCUCCUCUCAGCUGACAGCUGUCGAGAAACCAACUGCUGCCUCCUCUCCCCGCCCCACCACCUCAGCUGCUGCCGCCGCCGAAGCCAUCAAAACGCUCACCGCCUCCACUAAGGGAACGCCGCCGCCAGCCAAAGGACUGUACACGGGCUCGCGAGCGGCGCGCAAUGUGCGCUCAGUGGAAGUGCAGACGCCGGCCGGCACCUCAACCGCCCCCGGCUCCCCCUCCACUGCCUCCCCCAACGCCACUAGCGGGGCCGCCUCCCCCUCCACAUCUAGGCUCACGCUUCUGGCCUCCUUCGACAAGUCCAUUCAUCAGAUUCGAGAUUGGCUGAGCCUGGAAGAAGAAAUGCUUCGUCAGCAAUCAGUUCUCGUCGGGGACGUCGAUGACAUUCUUCAAGUCCUCGACAAACAAAAGAAUGUGCUGAGGGAAUUGGAGCAAAAGAAGCCUCAGUUGGACGAGCUGGUUCAUACGGCGGAAAACCUCAAAGCAGACUCCAAUCGGCAGCAACUGCACGGAAAAGUGACUGCGGCAACAGCAAGCAGAGGCCUUUACCACCUGCGCGAUUGCCUCAGAGUGACUAAACUGAGAGAGCACUGGGACGAGACGAACGCUAAAGUGAUGCAGCGCAAGACACAGCUGGACGCCAUGUUGAGUGACAGCCAGCGCUAUGAGCGGGAGCGACUCGAAGUAGAGGCGUGGCUCACUCGCAUGGAGACAAAGUUUGACAACAUGCACACAGUUGGCUACACUGCUGAUGUACUCGAGGCCCAGCUCAGGGAGCAGAAGUCAUUCCAUGUUGAUCUCCACCAGUACAAACAUAAGAUCGAGCUGUUCAACCAACUAACGCAGAAGCUGAUAGCAGUCUACCAACAGGAUGAUACAACCAGGGUCAAGAAGAUGACUGAAAAUGUCAACCAAAGAUAUAGCAAUCUCAACUCCAAUAUUAUCAGUCGAGGCAAGCUGCUACACUCUGCGAUGAACUCGCUGCACAACUUGGACCGAUCGCUGGACAAGUUCCUGGCCUGGCUGUCUGAGGCUGAGUCUUCCAUCGAGUGCUUCGACAAUGAAGCCGAGAGGCCUUCGCAUCAACUCAAGGACUUGCAGUCGGAGAUCGAAGGUCACAAGGACGUGUACGCGUCGUUGAACGGCUCGGGUCGCAAGCUGCUCAGUAGCCUCGCCUCGCAGGAUGACGCUGUCAUGCUGCAAAGGCGACUCGACGAGAUGAACCAGCGAUGGCAUCAUCUCAAGGCCAAGAGUAUGGCUAUCAGAAACCGUCUGGAAAGCAACGCAGAACACUGGAAUGCCCUGCUACUGUCGUUGCGAGAGCUGAUUGAAUGGGUGAUACGCAAAGACACCGAGCUGACUGGCUUAGGGCCAAUUGGUGGUGACAGUCCUUCGCUGAACAAACAACAGGAUGAUCACCGUGCCUUCCGACGACAGCUGGAAGACAAGAGGCCGGUGGUCGAGAGCAACCUGCUCAGUGGUCGCCAGUACAUCGCCAACGAACCUCCUCUCUCCGACACCAGUGAUACCGAAGGAAGGGAGAUGUUGGAUGGUGAUAGUAGAGGGUACCGAUCCGCCGAGGAGCAAGCGAGAGAGUUGACGCGUUGCAUUCGUCGCGAAGUUAGCAAGCUGAGCGAAAAGUGGAACGCUCUCAUCGACCGAUCGGACCAAUGGCAACGCAAGCUGGACGAUUGUGUAACCAAAAUGCGAAUAUUGCAGAAGAAUAUCGAUGAGGUGACGACUCGUCUGUCAGCGGCUGAGGCGUCGAAGGCGUCCUGGCAAAUUCCAACCGACAGCAGUCAAGUGCCCGAAACACUCCAACAAUUACAGAAAUUUGGGGAACACAUGACGCCACUGCAGCGAACCCUGGACGAUGUAAAUGACCAAGCUGCUCUUUUUAGUUCUAAUAAUGUUGUUAUCGCUCAAACAAGUCUGAACAGGAUUCAGGACCUCAAUACACGGUGGAAACUGUUGCAACUGGCAGUGGACGACCGUUACAAGCAAUUGCGCGACUUUGGCAAGGACGGCGCCCCUCCCAGCCAGAGCUUCCUCUCCGCAUCCGUCGACCACCCGUGGGAGCGCGCCACCACUCCAAACAAAGUGCCUUACUAUAUCAAUCAUCAACUGGAGAUGACGUAUUGGGACCACCCGAAAAUGAUGGACCUAAUGAGCACGUUAUCAGAAUUCAACGAGGUGCGUUUCUCCGCCUACAGAACCGCCAUGAAACUGAGAACAGUACAGAAGAGAAUGUGCCUGGACCUGCUGAGCCUAUCUCGCGCGGUGGAGUCGUUCGAUUCUCACGGGCUGCGUGCGCAGAACGACAAACUGCUCGACGUGAGUGACAUGGUGACGGUGCUUGCCAGCCUGUACGAGGUGUUGGCAGCCGAGAGUCCGUCGCUUGUCAACGUGCCACUUUGUCUCGACCUGGCCGUCAACUGGCUGCUGAAUAUCUACGACAGCCAGCGCACUGGUCAGGUGCGGGUGCUUUCCUUCAAGGUCGGACUUGUGCUGCUCUGUAAAGGACACCUCGAGGAGAAGUAUCGCUACUUGUUCCGAUUGAUUGCCGAUCCGAAUCGGUUGGUGGAUCAGCGCAAACUGGGUUUGCUGCUGCACGACUGCAUCCAGAUACCUCGUCAGCUGGGAGAAGUGGCUGCAUUCGGAGGAUCCAACAUAGAACCUUCCGUUCGCAGCUGCUUCGAAAUGGCUGGCAAACAAAAGAACGCUAUCGAGGCUGUGCACUUCUUGAAUUGGCUGCAACAAGAGCCGCAGAGUAUGGUCUGGCUACCAGUUCUUCACAGGCUUUCAGCGGCAGAAACUGCCAAACAUCAAGCCAAGUGCAACAUUUGUAAAGAAUAUCCAAUUGUCGGCUUCAGGUACCGUUGCCUGAAGUGCUUCAACUUCGACAUGUGCCAGAGCUGCUUCUUCUCGGGCCGCAAGGCGAAGAACCACAAGCUGACCCACCCGAUGCAGGAGUACUGCACGGCGACCACUUCGGGUGAGGAUGUCAGGGACUUCACGCGAGCCCUGCGAAACAAACUCUUCAAGUCCAAGCGCUACUACAAGAAGCAUCCGCGCAUGGGAUAUCUGCCUGUGCAGACCGUCCUAGAAGGCAAGUCAAAAUGCAAUAUUCAUUAUAUAGAAAUCUAUUCAUUCAUUUAUGUAACAAUCAACACUUAUGUAAAAACAUUGGUAGAUAAAAUACUAAGGCGAUCCUUGUGUUAUUUUUUCUUUCAAAUUUAGGUGAUGCCACGGUUC